AGUGAAGACUUUCAUUGUGAAAGCUGUGUUGGUGGAGUUAGUUGAAACUGAGACAGUGGAUCCUUUUUUUUUUUUUUUUUUCCCCCAUAUGAACAGCAAGCCAGCUGUAUUUGUGUUGAGAAUGCGUCUUCAUCUCUUGUUGUGCUUGCUGCUGCUAGGCAGUUUGGCUUAUGCUCAAGGUGUGGGAGACGAAGAAGAAGAAGAAAUCGAGGAGGACGAUGACGCUGAUGAUGGAAUUGUAGAAGAGGAAGCAGAGGAACCUGCGGCAGUGAGGGAGAAGAUGUUAUACCAAAGGCCUGAACCGGUUGGGAAAACGUUUUUCUGCGAGCCGUUUGAUACCAGAGCUGAGUUUUUGCAGAGAUGGGUCAUUUCUCAAGCGAAGAAAGAGGGUGUAGAAGAAGAUGUGGCCAAAUACGAUGGAAGAUGGUCAGUGGAAGAGCCUGAGGACAAUCCAAUCCUACAAGAUCUGGGUCUCAUUCUCAAGUCGAAAGCGAAGCACCAUGCUAUAUCAGUAAAUCUGACUGAGACGUUUCAUUUCACAGACAAGCCCUUGAUUGUACAGUAUGAAGUUCGUUUCCAGAACGGCAUCGAUUGUGGUGGUGCCUACAUCAAACUGUUGUCGAAGCCUCAGGGGGACGAGCUGAAGUUGAAAACCUUCACGGACAAGACUCCGUACACCAUCAUGUUUGGGCCAGACAAGUGUGGCAAUGAUUAUAAGCUGCACUUCAUCUUCCGACAUAAAAAUCCUGUUACUGGAGAGUUUGAGGAGAAACACGCGGAGAAGCCCAGUGCCAAGAUCGACACUUUCUUCACGGACAGGAAGACUCACUUGUACACUCUGACGGUGAGACCGGACAACUCGUACGAGCUCAAGGUUGACAACGGUGUUGUGGCCAGCGGAGACCUGCUCAGCAACAUGAGUCCUCCAGUGAACCCGCCCAAGGAAAUUGAGGAUCCCAAUGACAAGAAACCGGCAGACUGGGACGACAGAGAGAAAAUUGCCGAUCCAGAUGCAAAGAAACCAGAUGACUGGGAUGAGACGGAGCCUGCCACCAUGAUCGACGAAGACGCAGAGAAGCCCGAAGGCUGGCUGGAAGAUGAGGAGGUCUACAUCCCGGACCCCUCUGCCACUAAGCCUGAGGACUGGGACGACGAAAUGGACGGGGAGUGGGAGGCACCUCGCAUCGACAACCCGAUCUGUGCGGAUGUGCCGGGCUGUGGCAAGUGGGAGCCUCCGACCAUCCCGAACCCCAAGUACAAGGGCGUUUGGAGGGCUCCCAUGAUCGACAACCCCGACUACAAGGGAGAGUGGAAGCCGCGCCGCAUCGAGAACCCUCACUACUUCGAGGACAAGGAGCCAUUCAAGAUGACGCCUAUUGAAGCCCUGGGCCUGGAGCUGUGGUCGAUGAGCAACGACAUCAUGUUUGACAACUUCAUCAUCGCGGACAACGAGACGGUGAUUGAGGAGUUCACCGCCGUCACCUGGGAGCUCAAGAGUAACCAGGAGCGAGCCGCCGCCUCCACUGGGGGCUGGUGGCACACCAUCAAGAGUUCGGCGGACGAGCGGCCGUGGCUGUGGGCCGUGUAUGUCAUGGUGGUCCUGCUGCCCAUCAUGCUUCUCUCCAUCUGCCUCUGUCCCCGCGCCGGCCCCAUCAAGGUGAAGAAAUGCCGACCAGUUGUGACCUCGAGCGAUAGCUCUUGACUCUCUGACCCACUGACUGACUGACACUGACCCCCGAAAUUUAAAAUAUUUUAACGUUUUAACAUCAAAUGACCCGUAUCCAGCCGUGCAGUGAACUGCGAAUUUUAAAAAACUAACUUGUGUUUCGCCCGCUCAUAUGACCUUAAUGCAGUUGCGAGCGCCGUAAAACCCCAUACUAACUAACUAACUAACUGACUCCCGAAAA